CUAAGGUUAACGUGGGUCAUUUUGGUAAAUAGAUUAAAAAUAGGUGCCGCGCUUUUACUGCUCCCUUACACGAGCAGCUCUAGUCGGCGUUAAUGGCUGCAUCCGUCGCCGGUCGAAGCCUGCCGGUCGGCUUUGUCUCGCUGUUAUCUCGAAGUUUCCGAUCAGACGCGGCUCUGGAAGCCUUAGCGAAAGCGUCGGAAGCCAAAACUCCGAAUAUCAUUCUUUAUAACUACCCUUCAUUCUCCGGUGCUUUCGCUGCGCUUUUCGCUCACCUCUAUCACGAUCGUCUCAAUCUGCCUCACCUCGUCUUGCCGUUCUCUUCCGUCGAACCUUUCAGAGUUGAAGAUUUGUGUGUUGAAGGCGUCGAGAAAUGCUACUUUCUCGAUUUUAUUGGGCCCAAAGGGCUGGCUUUGGAGCUUAGGAGGCGAACUUCAUGCGAGGUGUUAGCGUUUGAUCACCGAAAAUCGGUGGUUUCCAGUGUCCCUUCGAUGGAGGAAUGUGAUGAGAGUCUCAGAUUUCAGGUCAAUCUCGAGAAGAGUAGCUCUCGUGCUGCAUAUGAGUAUUUCUCUUCUAAACUUUCAUUGAUUGGCUCUACUGAUGCCAGUGAGAAGGGGGACACUAUGUGCUUGCUAAACUCUGAAGUCCAAGAUCAAAUGGAUAUGGUGUUGAAAUACAUUGAAGAUGGAGACCUUCGUAAGUGGAGCUUGCCUGAUAUUAGAGCAUUCAAUUUAGGGCUCAGUGAAUGGCGUCCAAGAUUGAAUUGCAUCACUAAUCCACUCAUGUAUGAACAGCUAAUGGAGAUGAAAGUUGGGGAUUUAAUUGCCAAAGGCAAGUCUUAUAUAUCCAGUAGACAGAAUGCUGCAAAUAAGUUGCUGGACAAGGUUGUCAAACUUCAAUUGGGCAGGGGACUUUAUGGCUCAUGUUUGGGAGUGAGAGCUGAUGGAAACUCGGAUCUAAGCGAUGAAAUUGGGAAGGAACUGAGUAGGAAGAGUGCAGCAGCUGGACUGAGGCCAAUUGGAGCUGUCAUCUACAUGCAAAGGAAUAAUCUUAAAAUGUGCUUGAGGAGUACUGAUAGCACUACUGAUACUUCUGAAGUUGCUAAGGCAUAUGGUGGAGGUGGUUCUCCAAGUUCAAGCUCAUUCAUAAUUCGGAUGGACGAGUAUAAUGAGUGGCUUGCAGUGAAUAGGAGAUGAGCAACUUAAACUUCCUCGAUAUGUUUGAUGGAUGGAAUCAUGAUUGUAUGAGAGAAGGUGAGAUAAGAGAUUUCAAUAGGCAAAUACUAUGAAUAAGUCAUGGUUGAAGGAGUCUUGUUACUCUUUGUUUAGGAAGAUGUAUUUGAGGGAGUCAUCUUAUUUAGCUGUUUUCUUUUUUGUUAUUAGUAUUAUUAUAUUAGCCUAGGUAGCAUAGUCAUGUACUGAUGAAGACAAUUGUGUAUUACAGAGUAUAAUUCAUACA